AUGGAAAGCUUUCUAGAGGCCCCUCUGAAGGAUUGGAGGAUCGGGAGUGCUUUCGAUGAACACCAUCCAAAUGCAAAGCUCCGUCACCAUGCAGUUCCCGGAGGCGCUUUUGAACAAUGGCGUCCCAUCCACUUAUUGGGAGAGGGUACAUUCGGAGAGGUCUAUAAGGAAAAGUGUGAACACGGGUUUUUUCCAGGUAAACUGCGUGCCGUCAAAAGAAUCAGCAAAGAGCAAGCCGGCUUUCUCAAGUCAUCGCAGCGGGAGCUCCAAGCUCUCGCUACUUUCUCCAAGAAGAACGAUCCCAGGCAAUAUAUAGAUGACAACGCGCCUUUCCCUGAAACCGAAGGAUCUUUAAUUGCGAAACAGGUCGCGAUCGGAUUGCGUUACAUGCAUCAAACAGGCUUCCUCCACAGAGAUCUCAAGCCCUUGAAUAUCCUCAUUGAUACGCCAGGCCCUGGAUGGAAGGUCAAGCUCGCAGACUUUGGCAUUGCCAGAAACAUCGCCGGCCCUACAUUGUACACCCACUAUAUUGGUACGUAUGGCUAUAUCGCUCCCGAGCUAUUCGAAUCAUCGGAUGCGUAUACGGCGGCGGUCGACAUCUGGGCACUAGGAGCCAUCGUAUUUUGCAUGUGUACCGGCUCCCCGCCCUUUGAGCAACCACAAUACCUUCUCCAGUACCGUGCCGGUAUACGAUGCUUCCCUUCCCAGGUUUUGGGUCUUUCAACCGGGUUUUGCAUCGACUUCAUCAUGGGAACUAUGCAUGCGAACUCGCGGCAAAGAAUGGACAUGGACGAGAUCAUGGAUCACGAGUGGCUCUCCAUGGAGAGAACGGUUAUGAAUAUGAAGCAACCCGUAAGUUAUUCUCCGCCCCCCAAAGAUUCUUAA